UCCUGCAAGCGGCGCGCGAUUCCCGCUCUGCUCGCGGGCCACGCAAAUCUGAAACGCUGAUCUGACGACACUCUCGAUCGAUCAGGACAGCAAACACACACACACACACACAUGUCGAGCACAGCGCCGUUGUUCUCCCAUUGCAUCUCCGCCCCAGCUUAGUUCGUUUUGCGUUAGAGAAGGAGGAGGGAAAUGGGGAGGUAGUCCAGCAUUUUAGCACGCCAGCACGCCAGCGCACGCAAACGCUCAUCAGCAGCAGCAGCAGCACAGACCGCACAGCGACAAUCGAAUUACCCAAUCAUCAUUCCACACCGUACCAACUCACCACCAUACUCACCACCACUCCGUACUUACCGCACAGGACCGCUUGCCUUCUUUGCCACCUUGCUUUUUGGGUGUAGGUGUAUUUUCGGUCUCUUUCGGUCCAUCGGGCAGUACAUUGCCAAUUUGUACACAUAUCUAUUACCGGUAGCGGUUGCGUUCGUGAUGCAUUCGAAUAGAUUCUAUAGGUUUUUACUCACAGGCGACCUGUACGGUGGUUCUUCGAACCUUUUUUCUCUUUCCUUCCUGCAGACGGUGGAGGAUGAAGGAUAGUAGCGUUUGCCAGGUGUAAGUAAGUAAGCUGAUAGUAAGGGAUAGAAAAUGCAUGAGGUGUUUAUUAGUAGCUGGAUUUGAGGAGGGAAGAAGGGAAGUGAACAGUAUAGCAAAAACAGUAGCGUACGUAGACAUAUUGAACGGAUUAUUAGCAAACGAAGGUAACGAAGCAGGAUACUACUAGAAUAUCUUUCAACACACACUUACACACUCGCACCGACUUUUAUCGGCUAGACUUUUUAUACACCAUUUUCUCUCUUUCCCUCUCUUUCUCCCUUUUUAUCUCUUGCUACAACCUUCUAUUUUCGUUCUUUCGAUGCCCCUCUUUUACUUCCCCGGGUUUUUCUAUCUACCCUUCACACUGUAAGACAAUGCUCGGAUCGAGCUGGUACGUAGUGCGACAGAAAGCGGCCAGUGAAGGCUCGGCCACUCUUUAACUUGACAGAAAUGGCAAUCAGUAGAGAGAGAGAAUGGAAAAAGGAGAGAGCACACAUGCCGUGCGAUUAGGCUUAGAUUACACACGGGUGACUGUUUUUUCCACCCAAAUUGGGGCUGGGUUAGCCGGCCCAAUGGUUGGUGGAACAGCUUUAUCUUGAACCUCUCUGCGCCUCUGCUGUUCAAAUAUGGUUUCUCGAGCUCCUUUGGCGUCUCUGUUCGGACGUAACGGUAUGGGUUACGUUACGGGUUACAGACUACACACACACCACACACACCACACACACAAUCAUACGAGCAGCCUCUAGAGCAGUCCGGAUAAGCAGGAAGACUGUUAAUUUUACAAAACUACAGCCACUGUAACUGCAGCAUGCUUUAUCAAGAUUGGUGAGCAGCGCCAUCUUUACCUACUUUUUACUACUAGCAGCAACUGUCAGCCAUUGCUCUGUUGCGUCACCGGGUCGCUACUGUCAACCGGGUCUGGACGUUUGUAUCAUAGUAGCCAUCACGGCCCUGUUACGGACAGUAUUCUCACGUCGGAGUGUGCUUCAGGAAUUGGACAUAAGACUAGGUUAGCUGAUACACUAGCAGAAAGGUUAAAAUGACUGCCCCAUUGUCGGAAGCGUCUUUAUUAUUGCAAUCAUGUUUAGUAGACAUUCAAUCUCUUUUACAAAUGCAGCAACAAUCGAAUCAAUGGCACCUGCUCAUGCCUUUCGUUCGUUUGUUGCAAGUGUAGUAGAAAAUAACAUACUAGUGCAAUGAAACGGCCACGGUUGAACAGUUGUGAGUAAGAAGAAAAAAUAAUGUAUUAAAAAAGUAACAUAUUUACAGCUGCGAUAGGUGGAAUUGAAAGAUCUGUGGAGUACUGUUACAUGUGAGAAUCGAGAUAGCGUUAAUUUAUCAAAAUAACUUUACCAUUAUUUUUCAUAAUGAUUAAAAAUGACCAUUUCAAGAGUAUUUGUAAUGUUGAAUAUAGGCUGUUAGAAAAUAGAACAUUUGAUUUUUUUCAAAUAUUCACGAUGGUUGCGUAGGAUUAUUUGCUUUAGGUGGGUUCGGUAUUUCAGCCCAUCCCGGCACCUUAAAAUUGUAUCUUUUUUGCACUCUUCGAUUGGCUAGUUAGAAGAAGGCUCGCUAAUCAAACAAACGUACUUAAGUAACAUUUAGAUCUUUACUCUAGUGCAAAACAAAAACAAAGAAAAGAAUUGGCUCGUGAACGAUUGUGAUGAAAAUGCUUAAUUUCAAUGUUCCAUUAGAUGGUGAUUCUGUAAUCUUUAAAAGAAAAUUUCGUUCCUUACUCGUCUUUUCCCGCAAAAACUGCGCACAUAAGACAAACUAUUAAUUUUCAGAGAGUUCAGUUACUAGCAAGGUGUUGAUAAGGUAAUUUUGUGUUUUGGGAGGCCUCUACGCCAUGGGCGAAUUUGUCAUACGAGUUGCAUACUUUAAGGCGCUGUUGUAUGAUGAUUUGUUUUUCCCGCAUGUGUAUCAUUCUUGUUACAACUGCAAUCCAAUGUGAUUUUGUAACGUUAAGUUCAUGCUGUAAAAUUUGAUAAUUCUGAUUUGAAAUGAUUACAUUUCUUAUUAAUCUAUGUUAGUUUUAGUUGCAUAACUGCAGGCGUUCUACUCAAACUAUUAUGAUUAAUUUUUUUCCACCAAUUUCUUUUGUUUUUGUGUAUCUAUUUAUAUAUUAGAAAAUUGCUUACAGAAAACCCAGCUCAUUGCACACACGCUAGGAAACAGUACGGCAAUGCACCGAGUAUAUCAUACCAUUCUCCGCGUUUCGACUAGGCUGAUAUGCUUGAACACUGGCAAGCCAAUCGACCGCAUCACAACGAUUCAUUGGUGCAGCGAGUAGCUUAAACUAGCUAAAACUAUUGUAAAAACCCCAUUAAACAAAAAAGUUUCCUGUAUAAAUAGUAAAUGGAAGGAUCAAGUGAAAAAAAGACAACAUGUUAAACAUAAGAACACCCCAUGCGGUGGAUGUACUAUAACUGAGCGCUGUUCACGCUCUCACGCUCGAAUCGUAUGUUAAGAUAGUCACUCAAACCUACACACACACAAACACAUACAUACACUAAGUCACUCGCUCGGAGACACAUUCACAGUACUAUAUCGCCUUAUAUAGCAACAGAAAAGCAAGCAUUCAUACCAAUGUAAACUCGCAUCGCAUCAUACUUAAUAAUCGCACGACGGCAAACGGUGGGCGCUCUACGCUAAUGCUCUUACCGAAAGGAAAAAAAAAAUCACACAGAGACUUGACAACCUGCAGACCAACUUUUAUAAAGCGAAGUUUGGGAGUAAGCUUAAGGGAAGGGUAUCAUACAAAGGGAGGGAUGGGGAAGAGCGCAUGAAGGGAAUAAUAACCGAUACCGGUACGCUUGCUGUAAGCGAAUAAUAAAUCAAAACGAUAAUACUAUUAAACUGUAGCAAUUUUGAGUACACGCCUUCGGUACCGUUACAUUACAUAGAAACAAACACACACACACAUACACGAACGGUGGAAUUCUAUAACAAUAAUGAUAAUAACAAUUAUAAUAAUGGAGCGAAAUGUAACAGUUGGCAAACAAAGCAGAAAAACCACCAUUCUUGUUAACGGGUAACUAUACUUGAACGAUGGUCGACGAAAGGGAUGAGAAAUGUAGCAUAAUUCUAUCUGUCCACUGUAUCCUUACUGUACACUCACACAAACACAGACACUAACGACCCUAUUUUUCUUCCUCUUUAUUUUAUUUUUUAACAAACAGAAUGUGAAUCAAUCGCUUAAUGCUUGAUGAUGAUAUUUAUAUACAUAUAUACACUCAUAUUUCCAUAUACACAAUCACCAAUACAAUACAUGCAAGCCCGGAGCGGCAAAAACGAA